AUGCAUCCAGCAGAGGCUCAGGCAGAAUAUCGGGGAAGGGGAAGGGCGACAUGGAGGGGCAGCCGUGGUCAGCGCCCGUUUCGCGGCCUUCGAGGACGUGGCACUGCGGCACGUGGCUUCCGUGCCGACCCGAGCGCGCCGCGCGAUGCACCCCCGAGGGCACCGCCCGAUAAGGACCUCCUGGACGGGCUGACACCGACACCGCUGCGGACGGUUCCCCGCCCGGCGCUUGUCGGCCAAGCCAAACCAGUCGUCGUCACGGACAUGAAGGUUCUGGGCUCAUACAAUUGGGGGAAGGCGCCAGAGCCAACCAUAGUUGUUCCAGGCUCGCCGCCGCAAUGGCGCAACCGCCCCCUUCCUUAUCAGGUCGAGCUCGACCGCGGCCUCGCUUUCGUGGACGAAAACGCGUUCCGUGCACCGAAUCGGUAUGCGUUGCUCCCGCUCAUCGCGGCCGUCGACAAGACCUGCGAGAUUGAAUCCCUUGCCGGAGACAAGUUUGACUGGGCAGGCGAACAUGCGGACUUCCUCACCACGAGAAACGUGCUUCGUCGACUGCUGCGCUGGGUGGACAGUCCCACCGAUCCAGGGAGCGAGCAGUUUGUCGAUGACUUCCGGAUUGACACGCAGCUGGCGGGGUCCACCGUGUUGCUGAAUCGCUGGGAGAAAUGCGACCAGCAAGAAAUGGUAUGGUGGAGCUACGGUCUCAACUUUGAGAAGGCCACGACAACACCGGCGAGCGGGAUUACGGAGAAUACGGGACACCAACGGAUCAUCUCAUAUGACUUGGAUGGACUGCGCAUGGUCGUGCGCUUCGAGGUCGACGCUUAUCUCCCCGAGAAUAUGAAGCCAAAGCCCAAGUUGGAGGCAGAAGAACUAACAUUUGCCAACCUCGCAGCACGGUUGGCUGGCAUAGACCUCGCCACUCCCAAAUUCCAGAUCCCUUCGCACGCCUCUCCGCCUUCCUCACGUGCCUCGGCCUCCCCCGAGCCCUUCACAUGCUACCACGGGCUGCGGGUAGUUGAGGCCGGCACACCGAUCCCCCAACGCAACCUCGUUGACCUGUCCACGCGCAGCGAGCGGCGCAUGCUCGAUAUCGACUGGUCCGAUUUCUACAUCCAGCACUUCCUCUCGCAAAUCGACAUGCACUUCGUCGGCGUCCACGAGCGGGGCCUGUUCAGCCGAGUCGUCAAACGCUCCGUCCUGGAAAACGAUACAGGGUCUGAAGAUCUUGGGGCCAAGAUCCAGCCGACUCUGCGCAAGUUGCGCGUCGCGCUGGACACGAUUCGCGACUCGGUGCUGGAGCACGGGCAGCGUGGGCGCUUGUCGCUAGUCUGUCGGCAGGGCGAGCUCCAGGUCUUUGAACGACCGAGCAUGGCGAGCUGCUUGCCACAGGAGAUUCUGGACAGAUUUAUUGAAUAG